AUGGACCAUUCUCUCGCCCUGGUCCUCCUGCUGCUGGCCCAUUCCGUCCACGCCCAGCUGCCCUACCAUCCCACCAGAGUCUUCCGCUCCUCCAAGCACGACGGCCUGGUCUAUGUCUUUGGUCCUGCCCCGAGCGCCCCCAACCAGGCCCAGCUGCGCUCCCUCGAUGUCACUGCCUCGCUCGAUCCCGCGACCCUCAACUACAACACCCUCUACUCUACGCUCCCGUGGUCCUCUGCCGCCGAUGCCACUCCGUAUAUACCCGUCGUGGAAGCCGAUGGGAAUUUUACCGUCUACGCCGGCGCAUGCACCGACACGGCGCAAGAUGCAAAGACCUGGACCUUCGAAAUAGAUGGUGGUGCAGAAGACGGGAACGGUACCUGGUCACAGGCAGACAUCGUGCUCGGUGAUGUCGGCACUACUAAGCUACUUGCCCCGAGUUUCCUCGCCGGCGGCCUGUCCUUCUCGAGCUCGGAAGAUGGAUCCAACAGCAGCUUGUUCGUCUUUGGCGGCAUGUGUCCUUACGCUGCCGCGACGCAGGAUGAAUGGCAGGGCUCCGCUAACUACUCCAACACCAUGCUUCAACUGGCCCCCGACUCCGCCACGCAAUACUCUCUGAACGUUGCGCCAACCCGCGGUCCACCCGUGGCCGAGGCAGGCUUCGCAUUAGUAGGUUUGCCCCCAACCUACUCCAGUGGGGAUCAAGGCUCGCGGGACCAACAGCAAAACUUCGUCCUGAUCGGAGGACACACGCAAACCGCCUACAUCAACAUGUCCCAGGUCGCUCUUUAUUCGCUGCCGCAGGAAACCUGGACCUACCUUGGUGUCGACCAGCCUACGCAGGAGCACACCGAUCUGGUCAGACGGGACCAGGCCACCGAGGUGGAACCCCGUUCGGGCCACACAGCGCUCUUGACUGCAGACGGAUCCAAAAUCAUUGUUUUUGGCGGUUGGGUUGGCGACAUCGAUACCCCAGCUGACCCGCAGCUGGCGAUACUUAACGUCGGUGAAGGCUAUGGUGGGGAUGGAUCCUGGCAGUGGACGAUUCCCACAACAACCGGGUCUGGGCUCACGAACGGAGGUGGAAUAUACGGUCACGGUGCUGUCAUGCUUUCCGGAGAUGUCAUGAUGGUUGCUGGCGGCUACUCCAUCUCCUCGGGCUCUUCUCGACUGAGAUCCCGCGCUGAUCUAGCUCAAAACACCCAAAGCUUCUUCUUCAACGUCACCUCAAACACCUGGUUAUCCGAGUAUCAACCGAACUCGGAAUCAUCGGACGACUCAUCUUCGGAUUCAUCCCCAUCCAAAGCGGGUCUGGGUGCUGGUUUGGGAAUCGGGUUGGCUGCUGUUCUUGCCAUGACGGUCUUUUACUUCUGGUACAAGCGCUACCUCCGCAAGAAGCGGGAAAUUCGGGAAAAGCAGGUCGAAAGAGAUCUUUCCCGCGGUGGCCACGGCUUCCAAGGCAAUGAGUCGUAUGACAACGGAGGGAAUUACGCAGACUACCUCAAUGACCGUGAGGCUGCGGCGCUUGCUGUUGACCCGUGGUUUCUGAACAGCCAUCAAGGAUGGAAAAACCAACAAUCUCAAGAGGCUGAGAGGACUGGCUUACUCGUCGAAAUCCCCAGUCCCACUCGUGGCCUGCGCCGCAGUCUCAACGGACGGGCAUACCACCAAGCGCCACGCUACGACGAGAGCCGCAUGAACCAGGGCUCAGGCGGCAUUCACCCGAUCGAUGAAGAGGAUGAGGUCGAGUCUGUCACCAACGAGCGUACUGGCAUGCCCGAAAUGAGUGAGCGGCCUCGCAAAGCAGAGGAUCGAUUCUCCACCCUUUCGUCGGCUUCGUACACCCCUACCCCUGGCCAGGAUCCUUUUCUUGACCCCGAUCCGCUCAGGAGUCACCCUGUUCCCCUGCCGCAGAACGUGGUCCAUUUCCCAACAAGUCUCAAAUCUAGCGGGAAGCAGCCAGUCAUUCAACCCGGACCCAUGUCGUUGGCGCAAGCGAGAAUAGCAGAUGUGCGGUCUGCUUCGCCGAACUGGGAGCUGGUUGCUAACGGUGGAUCAAGCUCGGGACGCUCUAAUCCAGAAUCUUCUGAGCGUACCGAGUCCAAUCUCAGCGACCAGAGCGCAAGAUCCGCUCUCUCGAUGAUAUCCGCACGCUCGGGUGCAGCAAGCGUAGCUCGGACGCUUUCUAAUGCGUCGGCGGCUAUCAUGGCAACGUUCGCAAAUCCCUUCACUACUCCUAAUGCCAGCCCAGUCAGGGAACGCCAUCAAUUAUCAAUACAAAUUCCUCCCGGGCAAAGUCUGGCAAAUCAGCGUUCGGGCGAGAGCAUCGGGAACGGUCCACGCACGAACGCGGAUGAUGAUUCCUUUAAAACUGCAAAGUCAUCUUUUGCCAAACUGCAAGCCGAAGGAGAGGCACUGCUCGGCGGCCGACCACAGGACGUGGAUGAUCUUCCCGGGCCGUCUCAUUACCCGUCCAGCCCCAGCUCAGAUAAAGAAUCCCCGAACCAGGUCCACACGCCGAUCGAUUUCUACCCCGAAGCCUUAUUCGAACAAUCCAAAGAGGACAAUCAUAACGUGACACCUUUGCGUCAGGACCCGGAGACGCUCCGCAGGCUCACUCACGCCGCUUCUUCCGAUACUCUGGACCUGUCAACACCAGUUGACAACUCCUUCGCUACACAAGAUCGCAGCAAAUCCUGGAUUCGAGGCUCGGUCCGACUUGCUCUCGCACGCCGGCCCUCAUCUAGCCACCGCCAUAGCAACUCCCAUGACCGAGCCCAAUCACUCACCUCCAGCAUCCAUCGGCGUCGGCGUCAUACAAAUGAAGAUGAUGGGUCAGGCUGGUUCGGUAAUGGUGGAGCAGGUAACCGCAACAGUGGAACGAACAGCCCAACCAAACUCAGACGACACCGGAGAUCGGGUUCUGGCGUCGGGAUUGGAGAAUCGACCAGCGGCAGCCGCCCGUCCACGGGAGGCGACAAUCCCAAUCCACCUCGCCGCGCAAACAGCGAUGCGUCCUUUUGGAAAUCCAAGCGCGGCUCCAAAGCUUGGACGGACGACCCAGCGUCGCCAAUGUGGCCACCGGACAAGCGCGAUGAAGGGGACUGGGCCGUUGCAACACCUGACCCCGGGCAGGGCAGGGAAAGCCUUGAUGGCGCAUACGGCGAAGGUGAAGAUUGGGAUGUGGAAGCCGCCGCCGAGGGGCGUGUAGUCCAAGUCAUGUUCACAGUUCCAAGGCAGCCACUUCGGGUAGUCAACGUCGACUCAGAGUUGGGUAGCGGCGAGACGUCGGACGAGGCAAGAAGUUCGCGUGUCCCGAGCGGAAGCAAGGGGAAGCAGCGCGUCGAGCGUCUCGGCACCGACGACGAGUCCAUCUCGAGCUCACCCGCGGCAAUCGCUGCGGCUGAGGAUCUGAUUUCGGACCAUGACCGAACGCCCACAGCCAAAGGCAAGGCAAAGGCGACGCUGCAGCCGCCUCUGAAACUCGCACCCCCACCCCGACUUCGCCCCCAUCAAGCCAGGGUGACCUCAUCCUCGCCGCCACCAGACAUGCAACGCCCUGGAUCCCUCCCGGAUCUUCAACCACUCCACAAGCCUCCGCCGGUGUCGCCCGCCUUCCCGCCGCCCGACAGCGAGGACGAAGAGCAGUUGAUUCCUCCGCCGUCGCUCUCUCAGCUCUCCAAGUCAAGCGGCGUCACGUCGAACAACACGGCGGCGUCCCUGAUCUCCCCUUACGGCGCCAACCCGCAAGUGAGCAGCAGCUCGACGCUCGGCACGACCAUCACGGCGCCCGAAACCCCAACGCCGGGGCCGAUGCGCGGGCGACCGAGCGAGAAGAACUUGCGCGAGUUGCGAAAAGAGCGGGAGAGAACAAGGAGUCGCAGUCGUGGCCGAGGUCUGCUCACGCCGCCGGCGAACAGGCAGCCGUUGGAGAGGCCGGGGCUUGGGGAAAGGAGCAAGAGUAAGACGUCGGUCCGGAGCGAGGGUGGCGGCAGUGUCAAGGACCUGAUCAAGGAAAUCGAGCUGAGGAAUCGAAGCUGA